AUGGCGGAGCCCGCGCCCGCGGGCGUCUCCUCGCUGCCCCGCGAGGUCCGCGAGCAGCUGGCCGAGCUGGAGCUGGAGCUCUCGGAAGGGGACAUCACCCAGAAGGGGUAUGAGAAGAAGAGGGCAAAGCUGCUGGCUCCAUAUGUCCCACAAACCCAAGGGGCUGACCCGGCGUUACAGAAGGAACCCAGACCUCAGAUGCCCGCUCCAUCUGCAGCUCCAGCCUCAGCACCCUCCUCCUCCUCCUCCUCCUCCAAAUUCCACCGCGCCCGCUCCGGGGGAGCCCGGGAUGAACGAUACCGGUCCGAUAUCCACACGGAAGCGGUCCAGGCGGCGCUGGCCAAGCACAAGGAGCAGAAGAUGGCCCUACCCAUGCCCACCAAGCGACGCUCCACGUUCGUGCAGUCCCCAGCAGACGCCUGCACUCCCCCAGACACGUCUUCCGCCUCCGAGGACGAGGGCUCGCUCAGGCGCCAGGCUGCUCUCUCUGCUGCAUUGCACCAGAGCUUACAGAAUGCUGAGUCUUGGAUCAACCGAUCUGUUCAGGGGUCAUCCACAUCCUCAUCAGCAUCCUCUACACUUUCCCAUGGAGAAGGCAAAGGGACCAGUGGGUCACUAGCUGAUGUAUUUGCCAAUACUCGAAUAGAGAAUUUCUCAGUUCCCCCAGAUGUCACAGCAACUACCUCCACUCCCUCGGCGCGGCCGGCGGCGAUCGACCUCCCUCCCUCUGGAAUCGUCAAGGGGAUGCACAAGGGAUCCAACCGCUCCAGCCUCAUGGACACUGCUGAUGGUGUCCCUGUGAGCAGCAGAGUCUCCACGAAAAUCCAGCAGCUGCUUAACACCUUGAAAAGGCCCAAAAGACCGCCCCUGAAAGAGUUCUUUGUGGAUGAUUUUGAAGAGAUCGUGGAAGUUCCCCAGCCCGACCCCAACCAGCCCAAGCCCGAGGGCAGGCAGAUGACGCCGGUGAAGGGGGAGCCCCUGGGCGUGGUGUGCAACUGGCCCCCCGCCCUGGAAGCGGCUCUGCAGCGCUGGGGGACCACCCAGGCCAAGUGUCCCUGCCUGACAGCCCUGGACGUGACAGGGAAGCCCGUUUAUACCCUCACAUACGGCAAACUGUGGAGCAGGAGUCUCAAGCUGGCCUACACCCUGCUCAAUAAACUGGGGACCAAAAAUGAGCCUGUGUUAAAACCUGGAGACAGGGUGGCCCUUGUCUAUCCCAACAACGACCCUGUGAUGUUCAUGGUGGCAUUUUAUGGCUGUCUCCUGGCAGAAGUGAUCCCAGUGCCUAUAGAGGUACCUCUUACCAGAAAGGAUGCUGGUGGGCAGCAGAUUGGCUUCCUGCUGGGGAGCUGUGGCAUUGCUCUGGCCCUCACCACCGAAGUGUGUCUGAAAGGGCUUCCAAAAACCCAGAACGGAGAAAUUGUGCAGUUUAAAGGUUGGCCCAGGCUCAAAUGGGUUGUGACAGAUUCAAAAUAUCUCUCCAAAUCUCCCAAGGACUGGCAGCCCAACAUCUCAGCAGCAGGAACUGAGCCAGCAUAUAUUGAGUACAAGACCAGCAAGGAGGGCAGUGUCAUGGGGGUCACGGUGUCUCGGGUGGCCAUGCUGGCCCACUGCCAAGCCUUGUCUCAGGCCUGCAACUACUCUGAAGGUGAAACGAUAGUGAACGUGCUGGACUUCAAGAAGGAUGCAGGGUUGUGGCACGGCAUUCUCACGAAUGUAAUGAACAAGCUGCACACCAUCAGCGUGCCCUACUCUGUGAUGAAAACCUGCCCUCUCUCCUGGGUGCAGAGGGUUCAUGCCCACAAAGCAAAAGUGGCUUUGGUGAAGUGUCGAGACUUGCACUGGGCCAUGAUGGCCCAUCGAGACCAAAGAGACGUGAGUCUGAGCUCCCUGAGGAUGCUGAUCGUCACUGAUGGUGCAAACCCCUGGUCUGUCUCCUCCUGUGAUGCCUUCCUGAGCUUGUUCCAGAGCCACGGGCUCAAACCAGAGGCGAUUUGUCCCUGUGCCACCUCCCCUGAAGCGAUGACCAUCGCCAUCCGGAGGCCUGGAGUCCCCGGGGCCCCUUUGCCAGGCAGAGCCAUCCUGUCCAUGAACGGGCUGAGCUUCGGGGUGAUUCGGGUCAACACUGAAGAUAAAAACUCUGCCCUCACCGUCCAGGACGUUGGCCACGUGAUGCCAGGAGGCAUGAUGUGCAUCGUGAAACCCGAUGGGCCACCCCAGCUCUGUAAAACAGACGAGAUUGGUGAGAUCUGUGUGAGCUCCCGAGCAGGAGGGAUGAUGUAUUAUGGGCUGGCAGGGGUGACAAAGAACACUUUCGAGGUGAUCCCUGUGAACUCCUCAGGCUCUCCGGUGGGGGAAGUGCCCUUCGUCCGCUCCGGCUUGCUGGGAUUCGUGGGCCCUGGCAGUUUGGUGUUCGUGGUCGGGAAGAUGGACGGGCUGCUGAUGGUGAGCGGGCGCCGGCACAACGCCGACGACAUCGUGGCCACGGGCCUGGCCGUGGAGUCCAUCAAAACAGUUUACAGAGGAAGGAUCGCCGUGUUCUCCGUGUCCGUGUUCUACGACGAGAGGAUCGUGGUGGUGGCGGAGCAGAGGCCGGACGCGUCCGAGGAGGACAGCUUCCAGUGGAUGAGCAGGGUGCUGCAGGCCAUUGACAGCAUUCACCAAGUGGGUGUGUACUGCCUCGCUCUCGUGCCAGCCAACACGUUGCCAAAAACUCCGCUGGGGGGGAUCCACAUCUCACAAACCAAACAGCACUUUCUGGAGGGCUCCCUGCACCCCUGCAACAUCCUCAUGUGCCCACACACCUGUGUGACAAACUUGCCAAAGCCCAGGCAGAAACAGCCAGGCGUGGGCCCUGCCUCUGUGAUGGUGGGGAACCUGGUUGCUGGGAAGCGCAUCGCUCAGGCCCAGGGCAGAGAUCUGGGCCAACUGGAAGACAACGAUUUGGUCAAAAAGCACCAGUUCCUGACAGAGGUGUUGCAGUGGAGAGCUCAAGCCACUCCUGACCACCCGCUCUUCCUUCUCCUGAAUGCCAAGGGAACCACUGUGUGCACGGCCACCUGCCUUCAGCUGCACAAGAAGGCCGAGAGAAUCGCGUCAGUGCUGUGUGACAAAGGGCAUCUCAAUGCAGGAGACAACGUGGUGCUUCUUUAUCCUCCUGGCAUUGAGCUCAUCACAGCCUUCUAUGGCUGCCUGUACGCCGGCUGUGUGCCCGUCACCGUGCGCCCGCCCCACGCCCAGAGCCUCACCGCGACCCUGCCCACCGUGAGGAUGAUCGUGGAGGUCAGCAAAGCCGCCUGUAUCCUCACAACCCAGACCCUGAUGAGGCUGCUCAAGUCCAGGGAGGCAGCUGGAGCUGUGGAUGUGAAAACCUGGCCAACCAUCAUCGACACAGAUGACUUGCCCAGGAAGCGACUGGCCCAGAUCUAUAAGCCACCCACGCCUGAAAUGUUGGCAUAUCUAGAUUUUAGUGUCUCCACGACGGGCAUGCUCACAGGAGUGAAGAUGUCCCACGCCGCCGUCAGCGGCCUGUGCAGGGCCAUCAAGCUGCAGUGUGAGCUCUACUCCUCCCGGCAGAUUGCCAUCUGCCUGGACCCCUACUGCGGGCUGGGGUUCGUGCUCUGGUGCCUUUGCAGCGUGUAUUCUGGACACCAGUCAGUUUUAAUUCCUCCUAUGGAGCUGGAAUCCAACCUUUUUCUCUGGUUAUCUACUGUCAGCCAGUAUAAAAUAAGGGACACUUUCUGUUCCUAUUCAGUCAUGGAACUGUGCACAAAGGGACUUGGAAACCAAGUUGAAAUGCUGAAGGCCCGGGGCAUCAACCUGUCGUGUGUGAGGACGUGUGUGGUGGUGGCAGAGGAGCGGCCCAGGGUGUCCCUCACCCAGUCCUUCUCCAAGCUCUUCAAGGACAUUGGGCUCUCGUCCCGCGCCGUCAGCACCACCUUCGGCUCCCGGGUCAACGUGGCCAUCUGUUUACAGGGGACGUCUGGGCCCGAUCCCACCACGGUGUACGUGGACCUGAAAUCCUUGAGGCAUGACAGAGUCCGUCUGGUGGAACGAGGAGCUCCCCAGAGCCUGUUGCUUUCCGAGUCUGGGAAGAUCCUGCCCGGAGUCAAAGUGGUCAUUGUCAACCCGGAGACAAAAGGGCCUCUGGGAGAUUCCCACCUUGGGGAGAUUUGGGUGAACAGCCCCCACACGGCCAGCGGCUACUACACCAUCUACGACAACGAGACCCUGCAGGCCGACCACUUCAACACCCGCCUGAGCUUCGGGGACGCGGCGCAGACGCUCUGGGCCCGCACCGGCUACCUGGGAUUCGUGCGGCGCACCGAGCUCACGGCGGCCAGCGGAGAGCGCCACGAUGCCCUGUACGUCGUGGGAGCCCUGGACGAGACUCUGGAGCUGCGGGGGCUGCGGUACCACCCCAUCGACAUCGAGACCUCGGUGUCCCGGACCCACAGGAGCAUUGCUGAAUGUGCCGUGUUCACCUGGACCAACCUGCUGGUGGUGGUGGUGGAGCUGUGUGGCUGCGAGCAGGAGGCCCUGGAUUUAGUCCCUCUGGUGACCAACGUGGUGCUGGAAGAGCAUUACCUGAUCGUGGGAGUGGUGGUGGUGGUGGAUCCCGGGGUGAUUCCCAUCAAUUCCCGAGGCGAGAAGCAGCGGAUGCACCUCCGGGACAGUUUCCUGGCGGAUCAGCUGGACCCCAUUUACGUGGCCUACAACAUGUGAUGGGAGGAGCUGCAGGACCACCAGAAGGACCCAGGGCGGUGAUGGAAGCAGAGCUGGUGAAAUUACUAAUACUUGACCUUGCAGUUUGACCUUGCUGCCACAUUCCCUCCCUCCCUGCCCCUGGAGGGGUCCCGGUGGAGCGGAGGGAAUUUGGGAAGCAACUGGCAAACCUUUGUAACAGUUUACUGAACCAUGAGCUUUAGAGAAAUGCAAAGUGGAAAAGUGUGUGAGCUACAAAACCCCCAAGGCCUUUACACGUAGUGUUACUUUUUCACCCGUUGUACAUAUUUGUAUUUUUAUCUAAUCCUGGGGUAGGAUUCUAUAAGGGGGAGGGUUUAUUUAGUUAAGAUAAUAAACUAUUAAGAAAAGGGUCAUCAGAGUUCUGCAGUUCCCUACUCCAUGAUUGCAUCUGGAGCUGUUCAUCCCGUGGGAUCACACAGCUUGUUGACAAUUUGUGCCAUGACCAAAUCAAUAACUUGCGGAAUCGAAGAGUUACUUAUUCAUAUAGAGAUUUCUGGAAUUUAAAAAAAAAAAAAAAAAAAGAAAAAAAAAAGAAUUUUGCCUAUAUUUUAAAUAUGUAAAUAUUAUUAUACAUAAUUCACUUAGGUAGCAAAUUAACUUGGCUUAUGAGGACAGCUGGAGGUUGAUGUUUUUAAGGACGGGUGACUUUUGUGGUCCUCAGCAUCCUGGUGUUGGCUCAGACACAAUGUGAGAUGCUCCCACCUUCCACAGGUUUCUGAUUUCAUUUGUCUCUUCACCCUGGCCAGAAGUGUGUCAGAGCACGUAGAACCUUUGGAUAUUAAGGCACAUCUUUCUCCAAGAGGCUGAAUUUAACCUGGAACUGGGGAGAAACGGCAAUGCAGGUCCCGAAUCCCGAACUGGAAUGGUGCAGCCUCGGCCUCAUCCUCUGGCUCUGGGUGUGGGAAGGAAAAAAACAUUCCUUGGGUGGACACAGACACACAGGGGACUGCCCUGCUUGUGCCACCCAGUCAUGACUCCUUCCAUCCCCAGGAAAUACUGUAAAUAGGCU